AUGGCUCACUCGGUUGGGAUGCUUGGUCUCCAUGAUUAUUCCUUCAUGGAUGAAAUCCCCACAAUUGAUAACUCUUUGUUGUUUCCCAAGGAUCAUAAUGAACCGGCUAAGUCCUUGGAACACCUUGGAAAAGCAUGCCAAGAAUUCGACCCAGUCUUUUUUGUUUCCCUUGUACAAGAUGUUAACGAGGGCCUUCAAAUGCUCUCUCAUAAAGCAAAUUGGAUCACUGUUAACAUACCUCGAAACACCAUUUUCGUCGGUAUUAGGGAUCAUCUUGAGAUAUUAACCAAUGGGAAGUACAAGAGUCAUAUACAUCAAGUGAUCCUGAAUAACAACAAAGUGAAAAGAAUCUCAACGGCGACACUUCAUGGACCUUCAUUGGACACAUUUGUAGCCCCAGCACCAAGGUUAAUUGAUAAGUCUCACCCACCAACUUACCGAGGGAUGACCUACAAGGAAUCCUUGGAGUUCAAUGGUUUUGAUGAAAUCGAUAUGCAGUCAUCCCUUAUUCAGCUUCGAAUGCCACUCUCUCACUAA